CUAUGCUCCCCAUCCCAAGGAAGCUCAAUCAAUUUAGUGCCCAUUAUUAAUACCAAAUCUGGUCACAGAGCUGCAUUCUGCUGCUCCAUACCAAAACAGCUGCCUACUGCUUUACCAGCCAGCCCCCUGCGCCCAUUCUAUGGGCAGCAUCCAUCUUUAACAUUGGCAAAAUCAGCCCCAUUUCGCGAUUUGUGUCUCUCCAAGGACCCCAUCGGAUGUGAAACGACCUUGAUUGACCUCCACGAGGAUUCCAACUCCAGUGAGUUGAUGAUGUUUGUUCAGCCUCUGUCCACUUCGGUGGGCGGUCCCAAUCUCAUUACCACGGCCACCUCAACCGCCCCUCAUGCCAUCAAAACUGAGACCCUGACCCUUAACAUUGGGACAGAAGGCACUGAGUAUGAGUGCACCAGUUGCGAUUACAAAUCUCCCCGGAGAUCCAAUGUGAAUCAACACAUCAAAACAGUACAUGACCGGAUCAGAGACUUUGCAUGCCAACAAUGUCCUUAUAAGUCAUCCAGGAGAUCGAAUUUGGCCAACCAUGUGAAAACGGUUCACGACAACAUUAAGGAUUUCCUAUGCCGAUAUUGUGACUUCAAAUCCUCUCGAAAAUACAAUAUAGUACAACACAUUAAUCGUGUGCAUCGAGAUGACAUUGGUGUGGGCGGUGCCGAGAGUGGGGUGGAUCACCAAGGCAAGAUCAAAGUGGAGAUCCCCACCAACACAGUGACCACAAAUGGGCCCAAACAAUCACGAUGGAAGCGGAAAAAAAACCAAAAGUUGCAGCAACAGCAGCAACAACAACAGCAACAACAGCAACUGCAACAACAACAACUUCAGCAGCAACAACAACAGUUAUUGCAACAACAGCAACCGGUGAACCCACAACACAUUCUGCAAACACAACAUCUCCAACCGCUUCCUCAACAAGCGAUUCAGUUCACCUUGGACCCGCCCACCAUGGUGGUGUCCAACACGUCGACAGCGAACAUGACACAGAUCGUCAACAGUAAUGCCCAACCCCAGAUGAACUAUGCCAUGUCCCUGAACUACGACCGGAGCCUGAACUUCUCAUGCGGUCCCUUGAACCCCCCAGUGCCAUCUUUGAACUACCUGCAACCUCUCACUAACAUAGAUCAUCCGGUUAUUAAUGUGGGACCUCAGUUCUCCCAACCCCAAAGCACUUACACGGUCAACCCAUCACCAGCUCAGCAGGUCAGCCAACAGGUCACCGUGCAAACGGGUCCGGCCGGAAUCCAAACCGUGGGCAACGGCAAGGACGAGUUUCAUUGCCAAUUGUGCUCAUAUAAAUGCGCCAAGAAGAAGAGUCUGAUGAAUCACCUGCACAACACACAUCACCUGGUGGGGAAUCAGAACAAAAUUAUAGUUCAACAACAACAAUCACAGCAACAACAACAGCAGCAACAGCAAAAUAUACUCCAACAACAAGCGCAACAACAGCAACAGGUUCAUCAUGUGCAACAAAACCAGACUCUAGGCACAUCUCACAUCAUUCUUAAGCCGCUAACCCCGGCCCUUCCAACACAACCCCAACCACCCACGUUUGUAAGGGAGAAGAACUUUGCUUGCCAGUAUUGCGAAUUUAGAACCGCUUAUCGAAGGAAUCUCAACAGCCACGUCAAUGAGGUUCACUUGAAGGAAAGGCGGGAACAUAAGUGCCACCUGUGCGACUUCAAAUCAACCCGCCGCUCGAAUUUGACUCAACACAUCAAGAGCAUCCAUGAGAGGAUUCGGGACCACUCUUGUUGGCUUUGUGGAUUCACAUCGUCGAGGAAAAAGAACGUGGAGAAACACGUGAUGACGAUGCACAUUCAAAAGGACGAGAAUCAAACGGGCACUCAAACUUUGCUUAUUAAUAAGAUUGAGCCUCAGUAAACAGACGUCUAGAUAGGGAGUUCGGCAUGGAGCAAAUCUUGAAUUUACUUGUGUAGAUGUUGCUUGGAAAGAGUAGAAUAAGAUGAUUGAUCUUUAUGGCAUUUAGACUGCACUGAGUAUGUCUUGGAAUGAUUGGAAAUAAAGCGUACAUAUUUUGUCCCUUUUCACGA